AUGGCCUUUCCAUCGCUGUUUACAGGCGCCGCUCUCACACUCCUUGCAUUGCUGUACAAAUACGUGGUCUAUCCGUAUUUUGUGUCACCUCUGGCCAAGAUACCCAAUGCCCAUUGGACCUCGCCAAUCUCAGCAAGAUGGAUCGAAAGGAGACGCGCCGCAGGCACGGAGGUCCUCACGAUCUAUAAUCUGCAUCAACAGCACGGCCCGGUAGUUCGACUGGGUCCGAAUGAGUUGGCUGUCAAUUCCAUCCAAGGUCUGAAGACGAUAUAUACCGGUGCUUUCGAGAAGCAUCCCUGGUACGGCGACUUCUUUAUCAAUUUCCACACCGACAAUCUCGUGGGCAUGACACACAACCAACCGCAUGCCCGACAGAAACGAAUGCUUAGCAAAAUAUACUCCAAGUCCUUCUUGCAGGAGUCGACCGAUUUCAAUGCUAUCUCCCGGCUUAUUCUAGUCGAACGGCUGCUACCCAUCUUGCAUCGGACGGCCAGGAGUGGUACAGCGAUCAAUGUGCUACCGCUGUUUCAGGCAGUCGGUAUGGAUUUCACAUCCGCCUACCUAUUCGGAACGAAGCACGGCACGACAUAUGUCUUGCAACCAGAGGAGUGGGCCCAUUGGCUGGAAGAGUAUGAGAAGUUCAAGUAUCUCAGUCGACAAGAUCGGUAUGGGGGCUUUAUCGAGACGUGGUGUCUGCAUCUUUGUGAUAAAACGGAGCGAAAUGACACCCCAAACUGUGUAUCAGCCGAGACCACCGCGGUCGUCUAUAACCAGUUAUAUUCAUCUCUUGUGAAAAGCCCUGACGAACGCCCUCUGCGCAUGGCAGUUGCCUCGGAAUUACUUGACCAUCUUGUUGCGGGUCACGAAACCACUGGGAUUACUGUGACAUAUAUUAUGUGGGAGCUAUCUCAGCGUCCUGACCUCCAGAAACAAUUAUACCAAGAGCUUUCCGGUCUUGGUCGAUGCCUAGAAUACUCCGAAGAUGGAGAAGAGAUAUUUAGGCUUCCAUCAGCUACCUCUAUCGACCCACUCCCCAUUUUGGACGCCAUUGUGAGAGAAACCCUGCGACUGCACGCUCCAGCUCCUGCACCACUACCGAGGGUGACCCCGAUGUCAGCUACGGGGACGACAAUCGAGCGCUACAAGAGCAUUCCGGGAGGGGUGCGCAUAAGCUCCUCAGCCUAUUCACUGCAUCGCAUUCCCGAAGUCUAUCCGCAUCCGUUCGAAUGGCUGCCAGAACGCUGGCUAAAGCCGGGGCCAGGCAAAAUCCACGACAUGCGGAGAUUGUUUUGGCCAUUUGGCAGCGGCGGGAGGAUGUGUCUUGGUAGUAACUUUGCCCUGCAGGAAAUCAAACUGGUCAUUGCUGUGGUCUACACCAAUUAUACCACUUCGAUCCUGGAUGACGAGGGCAUCGAGCAGGACCAUGCAUUUAUCUCCUUGCCGAAGGGACGCAAGCUCAUGCUUAAACUGAGUCCGGUCAAAGCUGAGUAG